GGGUUCGGUGAGGAGCAGCCGUUAGCUCGGGAGGAGCCGUUAGCUCGGGAGGAGCCGUUAGCUCGGGAGCAGCCGUUAGCUCGGGAGGAGCCGUUAGCUCGGGAGCAGCCGUUAGCUCGGGAGCAGCCGUUAGCUCGGGAGGAGCCGUUAGCUCGGGAGGAGCCGUUAGCUCGGGAGCAGCCGUUAGCUCGGGAGGAGCCGUUAGCUCGGGAGCAGCCGUUAGCUCGGGAGGAGCCGAUAGCUCGGGAGAACGGAAAGUCUCCGGUAAUGUAACGGAACGAAUGUAACUGGAACUGACCUGACCUGACCUGACCGGACCUGACCUGGACCUAACAUGGGCCUGACAUGGACCUGACCUGACCUGGAACUGACCUGGAACUGACCUGGGCCUGACCUGGGCCUGCACCUGCACCUGCACCUGUACGGGUUCAUCCUGAAGUUAAACUCUGACUUGGUGUCUGGACAUUCCCCUGUUUUGAACAUGACUGAGGCAGAACAGGACCUGAGCGGGUCCAUAACAGGACCUGAGUCGGUCCAGACCAGGACCUGAGUCGGUCAGAACGGUUAAUGGACGAGGACAGUGAUCCACCUGCGGUAGACGACCCUGGUCCUGAGCCGUCUGGUCCUCGUGGUCCUGAUCCAGGUCGCCCCCCCCUGGCAGACCGGGCCCUCUCAGAGCCGUUUGCUCGGCUGCGGUACCGAGACACGUCCCUGACGAUCUGGCAGCAGCAGCAGCAGCAGCAGCAGACGGCGCCGCCCUCCACCUACCUGAUGCGCAGCCGCUCGGCCUGGUACAGCAGCUACGGGAACCAGGCGGUGCUGGUCCGGGACCACCGGGGCCUGGAGGACCGGGGGGACCAGGCGGGCCGGUCCAGGAUCUGCAGCGUCAUGUGACCGGUUCUGGUUCUGGUUCACGCGUGUUCACAUCUGAUGAGUGUAUAUUGUUUUACAGACAUGAACUCGCCUGACCUGCGCCCGGAGGCAUUGUGGGAAAUGGUCAGUGGAGACGUCAUGUGACCUUUGACCCUUCAUGAGAGCUGAUCACAAAUGUUUCGCACGUCAGGAAAUAAAGAGCUAAUUGGCUUUAACACGUGUGGGAGGAGCUUCAUCAGGAUUUUAGACUUAAUGAAAAACUUUGAUGAUUCUGAAUAAACAAGAAAAAACGUAUAUAUAUAUUCAUGUGUAUAUGUUGGUGUACAUGUGUAUGUAAAUAUACAUGUGUAUGUUUGUGUACAUGUGUAUAUAUAUACACGUGUGUGUGUAUGAAUGAGAGUCCAGUCGAGUCAGUUUAUGUUUUUAUUUAUGAAAAACAAAUGAACUCAGAAAAUAAGAUCAUAUCAGUAAAUUACAUCAAAUGA